GUGAUCUGGUGUAGUACAAAGGAAGAAAUAGAAAAUUCUACUGGUUCUUGCGCCCCACGCACCCCCUACCACAUCUCUUUCUCUGCGCUGCAUGAUUCUUUGUUCUCAUUGUUGUUUUUUCUCCAAGUCGAAGAGUCGCGCACCAGAAGAUGUCCUCCUCGCAUGAAAAACUUGGUCCCGGGUCACUUAGAGCGUUUUCUUUUUGCACCGCGACGUUUUCGCUUUACACGGGAACCGCUUGUUCUACUUCGUCCCUCCUGCUAAAUAGAACUGCUGGUAGUUCUUCAGUAGAGCAUGGCGGACGAGGUGGCGAAGAGCUUGUGGUCGCGGAAGGAGCGCUGGAACACCAGGCACGACACCGUGCACGCGAUCGGUCGUCUCCUAAGCGGGCGGGCCGCAAGAAUAAACAAAAACAAGUGCUCCUCGACGUCACGCAGUGUCGCCGUGCGCUUGUCGUGCCGCGUGGUCGGCGUCAGUUUAGUACUUGUUUACAGAACUACGUUGUGCCAAAACGCCGCGACAGGGACCGUCUUCCCCUCCCUACCGCCCCGAGAGCAGGAGUCGGUGAUCUUUUACCGGGGAAGGAAACUGUGCUUCGACCGCGUAGAUGCGCGGCAUGAAGACUGCUGUCACGAGGUCUACGGGGAGACGGGGAACGCCGAGUGCUGGGAUUCCCGGUAUCCCUCCGCGGAGGUGUGCUGCUAUCAAUCCAAAGACUGGGAUACGCAUUGCAAAAGUAUCGACGUACUUGUAGUACUAAUUAUUGCAGUCAUGCACACUACAAAUCUUUUUCGUACAGGUAAAUCCGCAUGACAAAUUGCAUUCGAGUACAACUACACUUUUGCAGUUCAUAUGGGAAAAAAAGCAGCAACUGUCCUGCACCGGGGAGUCCGCGACCUAUAUCGCACGAAAAAGCUGUUUCACUGUAGUAUUAAACUUGUCAUGCAGAGAACCUGACACAGAAGUGAAGUGUUUGUCCUGCAAGAUCACAUGCAAGACAGUGAAUGAUUUCAGGCGUGUAGUUUCUUUUCCCUUAGGACCGUCGCUUUUUUUUUUUUUCUUCGUUCAUGUAGAGCAAAUUUGUGAUGCAAAAAUCAAAAUUUUGCGAAGAUCCUUACAGUGAAAUAACACUUUUGUCCUCGUGCGAUGACCUACUGUCUCCAUCUACUACAGCUGUCCGAAGUCCACAGCAAGAUGCGGUUUCGUAUGGCGUUCUCAACUGUUACAUUCUCAGCUGUUGCGUGUUUUGUAAUGCAAAACGAACAUCAACACUCAGCUCACAACCACAAGGUGAAGCUACUUCGCAUGACAACUUUUGGAAAGGCUAAACAGCACCUAAAUCUGUGCGGAAUUUGUAAUGCUACAGGUGCAACCUCCCUGCUUUGACUUUUGCCAUUCUUGCAUCACAAAUCCAUGUAACAGUUGAGAACGCCAUAUUUCGGGGCUGUUUGGCCGAAGCAGAUCGGAAGAACUUGAACGGGGUGAACCCCAUAUCAAGUGCAAAAGUGACUGGGUCUGGAAGAAUGCAAGUUUGUCAUGCUUGUCUGACAUGACUCGAGAAUCUGUGUUGCAUAGGCACGAAAAGGCCCUCUUACCUGUCAUGCAAAAACGCAGUUUGCCAUGCGUAAUACGUAAGAUAGACAUGGCAGCCAAAAAAAUUUGCCAUGCAUAGCUGCGUAUUGCAGUGCGUCUAUCAUUCACUUUUAGCAUUACAAUAUUCCAGACCCAGACAUAUUUGCAAUCCAUACGCCAUUCCGAUUGACGUUUUUAUGUCGGAUAGCACCACAUCAGGCGACGGAACGAGAACGAGUAACAACUCUAGUACCUUCGUGGUACCGUCCUCGUCCGCUUCUAUAGGAGCAGAAGAUGGUGCUGGAGGCAGCUCCAAGGCGCGGCUAGAACAAGCAAAAACAGAUGUUGAAGAUGCCCAACAACAACAUCAUUUUCCGUUUUCCUCAUCAAACCACGUCAGCAACCCUCGCAGGAACUUGUGGCUCUUGGCGCGAUUUUUUUGCCACAAAGUUUCCGACUACCUGUCCAACGCGGCGCUCUUCGUCGGGCAGACGCUCGUCGCGAAGCAGGAGGAGUUGCUGAAGCUAGAAGGUGUAGAUGUGUCGUCCUCGUCGACCACUGGUAUUGAAAAAGAUAAUCCUCAAACCUUUUUCCACUUGAAAAGCGACUUUCACUCUCAAGUGGGGGUCUGGUACGAGAAAAUCAAGCGGAUCCUUUAUCCUCUGCAAAAACGUCCGCACCCAGGAGUCAAGUUGGGAAUCUAGCAACACAAAGACAAAUCUGCAAGUUUUGGGAGCUGUGCAUGACGAGUUUUCCUCUGGAGUGUAGUGCUGGUUGGCAAGGGAAGCCGUAUAAGAAAGACACUUUCUCUCUCAUCCUGUUUGCAGCACCACAAGUUCCAAAACACGACUGGAAAUGCCUCUGAUGGAACUGCGCAAUACAAAUGUUCCUAUCAUUGCGCAUUUGCAUGACAAACCUGUGGUGGAGACGUUUUUGCACAGGAUAUCUUUCUCGAAGUGGAUGACGACCGGGCAGAAGAAGGAGGCGGCUUGCAUCAUCUCGCGGAAGAGCUAGAAGCAGAAAUAGUAGUAAAAGGCACUGCUUCUUCUACACACAACAGGAAGAAAAAGGUAUUGAAGCUGCUAACCAAGCAAGACCUGUCCACUACGAUGGACAAGGAACUGAUGCUUCUCGAGCCGAUCGGCGGUCUUGCGGCCGGAAUUCCGGAAACACACCUGUAUUUGGAGUUCUUUGACCUGUACGGGAAGCAGCACCGGAAGAGCGUGGUGGAACUGGAAAAAGUGAACCGGCAGAUCGUCAACGCAGAAAAAUCUCUCUCAGAUCAUGGAGAACAAACUUUUUCGAAUCUCACGAGCAGCAGGACUGCGGAACUACAACAAGGUGCUCUUACAGUAGAAGAUCUUGUUUCCCUCCGCGAAAAGCGGGACGAGCUGCUGCUCUCCACCGACCUUCAGCUCCAGCAGUUGGCGCAGUUUUUCAAGCAGGCGAUGCACCGCACGACGCUGUUCAUGCAGAAGGUUGCGGAUCUGUUUUACACAAGAUUGAAGCCGCACUUGACUACAGGGUGCGAAGUAUGCAUCAGAAGUAUUAAAGUAUCGCACUUACUGUAGCUAUAAAUGAAAAAAUGCACCAUCAAGAUCAAAUCAUCUCGAAUUGAAAAGUGGAAUUAUUGGAAUGCUUCGGAAUAAAGUAGAGAUCUGGCAUGCAGGAUGGCCGCAGUCGGGUACUACGCAAACGUACUAGUUGUAGCGGUGCGAAGUGCGAUACCUUUGCAUUGCACACACAGAGGACGUCUGCAACGAUGGCAUUGUCGAGGAGAACGCGAGACGGAUUGACAGCAUGCAACACUUGGUCUCCAUCCGGUAUGGGGAGGAGGGUAGUCCUGCUGGUACUACACCUAUCAUGUCAACACCCAGGACAUCAGAGGAGCUCACAACCACCCUUGCCAGCCUACUUGAGGUGGAAGCAACUCCUCCUGCUAACGAGGGAGAUGAACUUGAACCAUCUGUCUCCAAUAAGCUGCACCCUUUCAACAACGUCCAGCACUCCCUUCCCGAGCCGGAAGUUGCGGACCUGGUGUUUGCGCAGAAGUUGAGCACGGUCCGGCCCAAUUGCCCGGCCCUGGCGAGGUCCCCCGGCGUGCUGGAUUUUUCCCCCAUUUUGUGGCCACCGGUGGACUUUGUGCCUCUCGUGUUUGAAAAGGAGUACACCAUCAACGGCCGCGCCGUCAUCCACACACCGCCGGUCUAUUUCGCGCAUAUCAUACAGUAGAAAAAAGCUAGCAUGUCAUCUUCACAUAUGCAAUGCAAAAGUGAAUUCAAAAUUAUUGGUUAAGAGGGAACAACGACAAACUCUGCCAUUGGCGAAAAGCCAUGAACAUGCUGUUUGUGAUAUGCAUUAUGCAAAAGAGAUUUUUAUGUGAAUAUGUUCUCGCAUUAUUUCCGUAUGAUAUUGCAAAAAUCAUUCGAAAAGGGUUGGAACGAGCGGCAUGACUUUCGCUGGGAGAGGGAACACAUCGAAAAGGAAGUGAGCGUGAGGGCAGAAGACGUGGAAACUGGCAUCUACACGAGCUACGGAGACACGGUAUCAAAUGCAAAAAUGUCUGGGUCUGGAAGAAUGCAAGUUUGUCAUGCUUGUCUGGCAUGACUCGAGAAUCUGUGUUGCAUAGGCACGAAAGGGCCCUCUUACCUGUCAUGCAAAAACGCAGUUUGCCAUGCGGAAUACGUAAGACAUUGCAGCCAGAAAAUUUGUCAUGCAUAGCUGCGUAUUGCAGUGCGUCUAGGUCUAUCAUUCACUUUUAGCAUUACAAGUUUCCAGACCCAGACAUAUUUGCAUUUGAUACACGGCACUCCAUCGCGAUUUUUUCCAAAAGCACAGAGACCUGAUCGAAGACAAGCACGUCCUGGUGUUGGGGUCCGAAAUUCCCUGGAUCGAGGUGUUCCUGCUCCGCAUGUAUUCACAGUAAAUUUCCGGUACACGUACAAAAACAAAUGCAGUCUCUGCAUGACAAAACUUGCCUUCAAUCCUAGUCUAGCAUGACAAGUUGGACACUGCAAGUUAGCGAAAUUUGUCAUGCAUUUUGUACAUGUACGGGAAAUUUACAUAGCAUAGCAUGAACGCCAGAAAGGUCACCACCGUGGACUACCGCGAGCCGAAAGUCGUUCGCCGCCACCCGAUAUGAAUUGCAAAUAUGCCUGGGUCUGGAAGGUUGGAACAUGUAAUGCUUGCUUUACAUUCCUGGGAUAUCUGUGUUGCAUAACCAGCAAAAGUCGCAGCCAGCUUUGUCAUGCAAGAAGAAGAACGCAGUUUCUCAUGCGGACUACCUAUGAGAAAGCGUCCUGGAUAGUUGUCAUGCUGGACUGCAUUCGGAUGUGUUUCCAUUAUCCACAUUUUAGCGUCACAAGUUUCCAGACCCAGACAUUUUUGCAGUCGAAACCCGAAACUCCGGUUUCUGCACUUCUUGGACCUGGGAAAAAAGUUCGGGUUUUUUCAACGAAAGGAACUACAUGGAGAAAGCGAUGAUGAGGAAAUAAGAGCAAAUCAUGCUGAGCCACCAGAUCAAGAUCAACAGGAUCAGGAAGAUGCAGCUUUUCACGAACUGUUCGAUCUCGCGUUCACCUACUCCUCCCUGGAACAUGCGGGGCUCGGGCGGUACGGCGACCAGCUCAAUCCCUUCGCGGAUGUGCAGACCGCGUCCUUGAUCUUCUGUGUAUUGAAGCCAAAUGCCUACUUUUUCACGGGACCGAACACCAUCGACACGAAUCAGUGGCUCGUGGCGGGCAGCCAAGACCGGCUAUACUGGAACAGCGGACGGGACCUUAUGGACGGGUUCUCAAACGUGGUUACACUCUCAUUCAACUGCUGCAUAGAUUUUUUGUCGUGCAAAAUAAACUACUUGUUUAAACCGCCGGAUAAAGAUAAUCAAGCUGCUUCGCAUGAUGACAAAUUUCCGAAGGGCUAGACAGCGUAUAAAUCUGUGCCAAAUUAUCUGUCAUGCGAAAGCAGCAAGCUUGCCCCUUUGACUGUUGCUGUGCUUGCAUUGCAGACUCCUGUAACAGUUGAGAGUGUAACGGUUGAGAACUCCGCCAUAGACCUGGGGCGACACUUCUGGGCGCGCAUGAUGAUCGCCUAUGCGUUCGAUGGGAACCGCAGCAGUCGCGAUACCGACCGGGGAUACUUCGCGUGGAAAAGGCCAUCUUCGGCGUGAGGAGACGAAGAGUCUCAAUUUGUGUAGUAGUUGUUCCCUUAGUUAUUUUUACCCAUUUUCACGGAACCAAAUGACGAGUACGCGUAAGUCCAGCAUAGCAUUUCACUCUUGAAAAAACAUUAAUUUCCAUGCGGCGCAACCGCCGGCUUUAGAU